AUGAACUCGGCAUCCCAGGGCGAGAAAGCCCUUCUUGAAUCGAACGCACCCCUCGCGAUACAGCAUUUCACACGUGCUCUGUCCGAGCUACCACGCGCACCAUCCUACUAUAUACAACGUUCCACCGCCUAUUCACGUUUGAAGCCCGCCGACGGCGGCCCCAAUCGCACGGCCGCACUGCAAGAUGCGGAAACCGCCCUUUUCCUGGCCCGUGAGCGCCAAAAGCGUGAACUCAUUCUCUCCGCACAGAUGCGUCGGGGCAUAACGCUCUUCCAGCUUGAGCGCUACGGUGACGCUCAUUAUAUAUUUGAGCAAAUUGAAGCUAAGAUAGCACCCGAGGAUUCAGGUGCAGACAAAAUGGAGAAGUUUGCCAAAGCUACGGGAGGCUCUGGUCAAAAGAAAGAUGGCUUUACUGCUCAGCUCCCAAUAUUUAUGAUGAAGGUUCGCCGGAAGCUGGAGGAGCUCCCUGAGGGUGACGAGAGGAGGACCGUGUCUGUUGAUGAGUUUCCUACGGGCACUCGUGUCCCCACCGAAAAGGAGUUGAAGGCUGAGUGGCUGAGACUUAAGGCUGGAAAUUCGGCGGGACCUGAUAGUGAGCAGUCAGUUAUGGCUGGUCAGUCUGCUUCUGAAGGCGCUGUUGCCCCCAAGGAAGCUCAGACAAAUGGUGCGGUGGAUCAGAAGCCUGCUGCUCCUGUGGCCGUGGCGGCCCCAGAGAAGGUGCGACAUGAGUGGUACCAGUCUCAGGACUCCGUUGUCGUGACACUUUACGUGAAAAAUGUCCCGAAGGAUAAGGUUGAAUCGGAAUUGAAAGAUGAAUCGGUAUCCCUCCAAUUUCCUCUUCCAUCAGGCUCUGAAUAUGAUUUCACCCUUGAUCCCCUCUAUGCAUCCAUCAACACAGCGGCCUCCAAGAUUGCGGUAAUGGGCACCAAAAUUGAGAUCACCCUGAACAAACAAACACCAGGCCAAAAAUGGAGUGCUCUUGAAGGAUCUGUCAAUGCUACAAAAUUGGCAGAUCGGCCCGCAGCCCCAAACACCUCAACAGCACCGGCUUCUGGUCCAGCCUACCCAACAUCAUCCCGCCAUGGUGCGAAAGACUGGGACAAAGUUGCCACUUCACUAACAGCCAAGAAGUCCAAGGAGUCCAAAGAUAAGAAAAAUAAGGAUGAUGGUGAUGAGUCUGAUGCUUCUGUAGACUCGGAUUUUGGUGGCGACGCUGUGGAUGGUUUCUUCAAAAAGCUUUAUUCCGAUGCUGAUCCUGACACACGGCGUGCUAUGAUUAAGAGUUACGUCGAAAGUGAGGGUACGUCGUUGAGUACUAAUUGGGGCGAGAUUGGCACUAAGAAGACCGAGGUCUACCCUCCAAAUCAAGGGUAA